AUGAGGACGCCCCACCCUGGCAAACCCUUCCCCUUGCCUAUAAGUAGCACAGGCGCCGGUGCCCGUUCUCACCACCGGUGCCACUACACAGCCAUGGAGAGCUCCCCGCAGUCCGUCAGCAUCAACAUGCAGCCCUACAGCAAGAACACGGCAGGUAGCCCGGCCACCGCCUUCGGCCCCACCGUUACCACUUAUGUUCAGCAGAACCCUGACCCCAGCCCUCAAGACUUUGUCCUCUGGUCCCUCUUCAACACCAUGUUCUGCAACGUCUUCUGCCUGGGCUUCAUCGCACUUGCCUUCUCCGUCAAGGCCAGAGACAGGAAAAUCGCCCAGGACCCGGCCAGCGCUGUUGCCUUUGGGAAGACAGCCAGGUCUCUGAACAUCGCAGCCCUCUGCCUGGGCGUCAUCACCAUCAUUAUAGGCAUCGUGCUGCUGGUCAUCACCAGCAGGACCAUCAUUGUGGACAGGCCCUACUGAACCCUACCCACCAAGGAGCGGUGGCACCACGGCCUUGUUUUUCCUUCCUCUCCACUCUGCUCAUCCCAAAACCACCCACUUUGCUCGUGAUAGAGACGUACGGUGCCC